AUGGUUUCUGCGGAUCUAAUUCGAACUGUCGUUGGAAUCGCAGGCAACGUUAUCGCAUUAGGCCUCUUCUUAUCCCCAUUGCCAAUAUUUAUCAGGAUAUGUAAGAAGAAAUCUGUAGAAGAAUUCUCAGUUAUACCAUAUGCAGCCACACUUCUAAAUUGCAUGCUAUGGAUGGUCUUUGGUUUACCCAUUGUGCACCCAAAUAGCACCCUUGUUCUUACCAUCAAUAGUGUUGGAACCUUAAUUGAACUUUGUUAUGUCAUCCUUUACCUUGUAUUCUCUACUGGGCCAAAGCGGACUAAGGCAUUAUUGCUCUUCCUUGGAGACAUGACCUUUGUUGCCAUUGUAGUUGUUGUGGUUCUUACAUGCUUCCACACGCAUGACCGCCGCUCCCUCAUCGUUGGUAUUCUCUGUGUCAUAUUUUGCAUCAUGAUGUAUCUCGCACCACUCUCUGUUAUGAAAAUGGUGAUACAAACAAAGAGCGUGGAAUAUAUGCCGCUCUCCAUAUCAGUUGCCUCAUUUUUUAAUGGGCUCUGUUGGACGAUUUACGCCCUCAUCCGCUUUGAUAUUUAUAUUACAAUUCCAAAUACCUUAGGUCUGCUAUUUUCUAUAACUCAGUUAGUGUUGCAUGCUGUAUAUUACAAAUCAACCCAAAAACAAAUUACAGAGAAGAAGAUGAAGGGGAAAGACGGCCUCACCGAAGUUGUUGUCAAUGAUAAGGAGAUGCCCCUGCAAACAGAUGCCUCUCUUAAAGUUGCAGCAAUGGAUUGUGAAUGA